AUGAGUUUCAGGUUGGAGAGUGGAAACCUGGAGCUCGUUAGAAAAGUCGGUGUAAGUAAUCAAGAGGCGGAGUUAUUGGAACAUAUAAAUGGAGCUCUUAAGAGCAUAACUUCAAGGAUUCAAGAAGGAGAUACUCAGGUAAAGAUAAGAGGAUGUAAAGAACUGCUAAAACUUAUUGCAGCAAUUAAGCAAGAUGUUUUGGGUGAUUUUCCCUCGGCUCUGUUAGUUCUGGAUUUGGAAUUGUGGGAAUUGUUGAUUAAUUCUUUGAAUUCAUGUUGCUGUCAAUCUGCUUCUGAGACAGCUUCCAAGGCACUAUUUCCUGGUUUCUAUGAAAUUUCUAGUACUGACGGCUAUAUGGGAUCUAGUUGUUGUGUUGUUCUCAAAGAAAAGAUCCUUGAGUUAUUAGAAGAAAUGGUACAAAUAGUGAAUGAAUUAUUUACUAGAAACAAAAUAUAUUACGAUAAUUUGUCUGAGAUAGAACUCUAUACUCUAAAGCUUGCAGAAACAAUUGUUCCAAACCUAGUUUGUUCUUCUUUAAAAUCCUCAAUUUCAUCUCACUGCGAAUGUAAGUUAGAGCCUCUAGUGUCAAUUUCUUUUAUUAUUCAAGAAAGGAUUUCCACAUACUCUGAGAUGUUAAUGAAGGAAAGUAGACUUUGGUCUGCUUUAUUCAGGCUACUAAUGGGCUGUAAUUACCUAAAUUCUAACGUAAUUGGAAUUAAAAAAAGGGUUUUAUUAAAACAGAAUAAAUCUGAAAUAAAAGUAGUGGAUUUUUCAGUUAAUAAUUUAAGGUUUCUUGAUUCUGCACAACGACUUUGUUCAACCUUUACCAAGUUUAACUUUCUUAAUGAUAACAAAGGGCAUAAAUAUUUUUCUCUACUUGCUAUUGGAGACAUUUUCUCACAAUUCAUCAAUUAUGUUUCUACAAUAUUAAAGAUAGUUUACUUCGAAGACGUUGAAAUGCGUAAUAAUAAGCUUGACUUUCUUCUCAACCAAAAGUUUGAUAUAAAUAUAGAAUCUUAUGUAGAUUACUCUGAAGGAUCCGAAUCUUCAAAUAAAACUGCCGAGAUUAACGAAAUGGAUGUUUUAGAAAAUAUUGAAGAAAUUGAAAAUUUUUACAGAGAAUCAACACCCUUGAAUAUUAGAAUGAACAGCUAUGAAUCAGAAUCAAGAAAGAUGCAAGAGGCUGAGGUAAAUCACAACCAACAAAAGGACGCUUUUGAAACAAAUAGUUUGAUGUCGUGUAUUGUUUUUUUACUUGGAAAUGAAAAAAUAAUCGAAUUCGAUUCCUUUAGAAUAAUAAAUAGUGACUCUAUCAGAUUCACUAUAUUGAAUGUAUUGGAAUCCUUAUUUCAAAGCAGUGAUUUGGCAAGCUUGGAUUCAGUUACUAUGAUUAGCCAAACAUUAUUUGUCUAUGAUUUUAUUUCACUUUUAUACCCAAAUGAUCCGAAUUACUAUUUGGAAAAUCAAAUAGAACCAAAAUUUUCUUAUAUAGAAAAGUUUGCUGAAAGGUUUGUUAAAAGUCCAAACCACAUAGUUGCGUCUAUUAUUUAUAUAUUAAGAUCUGAAUCUUCCAAAGAAAGUAUCUCGAGGCAUUUGAGUGUUUUAUUCAAUUGUUUAUUUAACUUAAAAAAUUCGCCACUUGAAAACUUAAUACCAAUUACUUUGGGGUAUUUAUUUGAUUUUUUAUGUCAAGAGAGCCAUGGGUUGAAAAAUUUAACGUACCUUUUUGACACUUUAAUUGAAAAACUCUCGGAUGAAUGCCUCCAUGCUUAUUCUCCUUUGGUUUGGAUCUCCAAAGCUAUUGCUUUUCAUGUUACACUGGAUCAAAAUGAAAAAACCAUACCUAAUGCGUCACAAAUCAUUUCAAGUCUUAGAUCUUUUCUUUCAAAGUGGGCUCAGGUUUCAGAAAUCAUGAUUUCUUCGCCAUCUAUCCAAUGUUACCAGUCUAGACUUCGCGGAAUUAGAAGAUCUAUCCUCUACUGCUCUUUAAUUAUGAGUGGAGUUAGAGAAAAGUUAGAAGUAGAGAAUCUUACAGAUCUCUAUAUGGUAUCUAUGAUGCUUGCCUCCAUAAUUAGAAAUAGGAGCUCAAGAAGAACUUCCACUUUGCAAUUAAUUGAUCUUCUUAGUAAAAGUAAAAAUUUUUCCAAAGAUGAUUUAGAUUUAGAAAUCGUCCUAAAUAAUCUAGAUCUCGUUGAAAGAAAAUGGAAUUUGAAUACAAAACAUGUUUUUUUUAGCAAAUUUGUUUUGGUUGACUUGGAUAGGGACGAAACAAACAUUUAUGAACCACAAGCGUACGAAGAAGCCCAUUCAGUGAAUUUCAAAAUGGAAAUCAGUAGAAAAAAUGAACAAUCAGCAUUUAUUAGUGCGGAUAAUCCAAGUUUUUCAGUAUUAAAAACCCCAGACACUUUUCAUCUCUCAAAGCUACUAACUGCAAUCAAAAACCCAAGGAUUCAAACACAAAUAAAAAUUUCUGCACUUAAAACUUUAACAGAAUCUUUAACUUCCUCAAAAAUUUCAUGUAAAGUGUUUUGUAUUUAUCUAGACGAGUUGGUGAAGAUCUUAAUGCAACUGAACUGUAAAAGUUUCUGCGUUAAAAAACAAUCUGCAGAAAGUAACCUGGGAGAUGAUUCAAUUUUUGGCAUUUCAGAGCUCAUUUUAAUUGAAGAGGAUUCUUUGUUCUACCAUCUUUCAGUUGCUUUAAAUGCACUUUUUAUCUCUAGAUCUUAUCGGCAGGAUUUGCUAGAAUAUCUGGCUGCCUCUUACUCAAUCAUGCUUAUUCACCACCUAAGUUUCUGGAUUUUCAGUUCCUCCGAAGAAUGCAGGUGUAGCUCUUUUUCACUCAUUACCACUAUCCUUAUUAUAAUUAUAAAAACAGGAGUAAUCCUAGAUACUGCAAAUAUUGACUCUCCUGAUGACUCAGAGCUUGAUAAAACUAUUACACACCUAUCAGUAUCCACUUUGGCCCAAAAACUUUUAAUUCUUCCGACUUCAAUAAAAGAAACAAAAGAAUAUAAGGAAAUAUAUGAAGAGGAUUUGUAUGAAAAUAACGAACUGAACUCACUUCCCAUAUUUGAUAACAGAAAAACGGAUUCAUUCAAACCUUUAGUUUCUCAAAAAAGUAUAUUGCAAGGAAUUUGGAGAAUUUUGUGGGAUUUGGAAAGACUUUUCAGAAAAAGAUUUAAACAAACAAAUAGCUUAUCUCUUGGUGAGGUCUUAUAUUCAGUAUUUUCACUCUCAUUCCCUUGGACAAAAAUGACUAGCCAAGCAAUUUAUCUUGAAAAUGGAAUAUCCAAAAUUAAGGACGGUAUUGAUUCUGUACUUUCAAAGCUAAUAAUGUUGUUGGGCCAGAACAAUCCUGAGUAUCUUUCUGAAAUUGAAAAAUAUUCUGAUUUAAUAAAUGCUCAGUCAAGAAAUAUUGACAUCAAAAUGCUUGCAGCACUUAAAGUUAUUCAUUCAACACUAUCUUCUUUCCAACUUGUAAAUACCAACUCAUUCUCAGAGUCUCUUUCAAAAUAUUCUGCAUUUAUUGUCGUGAUAUUAUCUUAUUUCAAUAACUAUUUCAGAGAUAAAGAAGGAGAUCUUGUUGGAACAAUUAGGCCAAAGAUCAGCUUCGGGAUUUUUGACACAAUCUACCUUUGUUUAGAUUCAUGUAAUGGAGCUUUAUGCGAAUUACUUUUUGAAGUUUUACCAAAUAACAUUCAAUGGAGCUUUAUCGUACUGCAAGUCCCAAAACUGAUUGAUCCCUUAAAUUCGGUCUAUUCUCCCACUAGCAUGCUUCUAGUAACUAAAUUAUUGAGUAGAAUGCCUCUUAAAAGAUGGUUUGAGGAAGAUCCAAAAUACUCUUUAGAAUGUUUAAAGCUACUUAUUCUAAACAAAAGCUUACUCUGUAACCGGGAAUUACCUGAUUUACUACUUUGUACCCAGAGUUUUCAAGAUUCGUAUUUUGUAAAAAAAGUUUUAUCGAUUUUUGAAAAGAUUUCAGUAUUUGAAAGCCCAAAUCAUCCAAUAAACAUAUUUCUACAAAAGAAUAUUCUUAAGUGGCUCCUUUGCGUAGGACUAGUUUCCAGCUCUUUUGAAGUUCAAGCAAAAAUUUGGAAUUUAAAACUAGUUCUAUUGGAUAAAUGGGAUAAUGAGUAUUCUCAUAAUGCAUACUCAGUCAUCUCUAACUUUAGAGUUCCUAAUAAUGUGGAAAAUACUGAAUUCUCAGAACAAGUCUCUUGGGGGUUCAUUUUCUCUAGAUCAAUAAAAAGUCUAAAUCACUUAAUAAACAUCAUGAGUUACUCGGAACUGAAAGAUAGCAAUUCAAUUGAAUCAUCUAUUAAAUGGAGAAACAUGGAAUUCUUUGAGUACUUUACCAAUCUUUUAAGAUUCUUAGAUGUUUCUUUAGGUAUUCACCAUAAGCCAAUUGAGAUCAAUUCUAAUAAAAAUAUCGAUCAUGUUGACGGAGAAAUUCAGCUUGUAAUGACAACUUUCAGUGAGUCCAUAGAAAUUGUUGCAGAGGAAGUUAUUACUCCUUUUCUAAAGCUAAUAUCAAUACAAGACUCGAGAAUUGAAAGAGAAAGGUUCUUGUUUACCAAUUUGAUGUUUGGGUUUCUUUGUAAAUUGAGUAGAUUCUUGCCUCUUUCGGCCUUCGUAUUCCAGAAGCUUGCUGAUAAUUUGAGCCUCUUUUCAGCAUCUCUUAACGAACUUUUUCAUUUAGAAAUGGGUACAAAUAACUCUCUUUUACAGAUACAACUUAUUUUAUGUAUAAUAAACACAAACCCAAGCUGCCAUGGGUUGUUACAAGAGCACUUGGCUAAUAUAAUGAAUAAGAUCUCACUAAAGGAAAUGUCUUACGAGCAGAUGAAUAGGCUUUUAUCAUUUUUAUUAUCUUUGUUUGACAAAGGAAUAAAGAAUCAAGAAAUUUGUUUGAGACUUUUGGAAAAUAUGUCUUCAAUGUGUAACGAAAUUCUGCUUAGAAUGUCUGAAAUGCUUUCAAUGUUAAAGAGUGGGGCUGAGUUACCUCUUGAAAUAAUGCCAAGCUUAAAUUUGGAUAAAAACAAUUAUUUAUUAAUGGGAGUCUCUUUGCUAUUUGUGAAAAUUUCCCAGACUGCUUUACUUGAAGGCUCAUCCGUUUUUUCAGAUAAAAAGUUGAGAGUAGAGAUAAUCUAUUCAUUGAUUGUAGGAGUUGAAAUAUCGAGUAAGAUUUCAAUAACUUCAGAGUUCUUAACGGGUUCUAUUUCUUUAGAACAAAUAAAUAGUUUGCAGGAAUCAUUGGCCCUGCUUGUAUCUACUCUUUUAAAUUUCAGCAGCUCAGAUUUGUUUGAUAGUAUAGAGGAUGAACCAAAAAGAGAACUUUUCAAACACGCAUUCAGGAUAUGGGAAAACUUUAUAUAUUUGAUAUCAUUUUACUAUAAGAUUCAGAAGAGCUAUUCUGAAGAGUUAGACCAUGAUUUCCCAUCAAAAAUGAAUAAUAAGAAAGAAUUUUACAAAGAAAUAAGUUUAUGCAUUCAAUAUUACAUUCAGGUAAUUACAAUGGACAUAUUCACAGAGCUAAUAACUAAUAAUAUAAAUGAUUUUUCUCCUGAAAAAUUUACCGACGAUUUGAAGAAUAUUUGGCUUUUCAUUAACAAUCAGGAAGAGAAUGGAAGUAAUUUAUCCUACCCAGUACUUUAUUUUUCAUCAUUUCUAUAUAAAAUCAAGGUCAGAUCGAGUGGAUCAUCAGAUCUUGGGGAUUGGAAUAAAAAAUUUAACAAGAGUUUCUUUAGAACUGGGUUACUUGAUUUUAUUUUACUGAAAACUUCUGAAAGUCUGGUUGAAAUCAGAGAAAUUUGUCUUGGAGAGCUUAGAUCUUGUACUAUUGCUUCUCUCAGAGCAAUGGCUACACAAAACAAAAACUUGAGUAAAUUUAAUGGAAAUGUUUUUCUUUCACAAACAUGCUGUCUAUUUCAAUUAUUAAAAAUGCUUGGGCUUUUUCUUGCAGAGUUCGAAAACUAUCAUAAUCUUCUAACCAGUAAUAAGAUGAAGCCUUUACUUAAUUUUACCUUAGAAUCUUUAGCACUCCUUAGUUGCGUCUCCAAGCAACUUGAAGCAGAGCUUGAAAGAAACAAUCCUUCUGGAUUUGAAUCAUGCAUUCGGGUUUGGUGGAAGUAUACCUGCAAAGUUACUGGCGAGAUCCAAGAUAUUGAGCAUUUUUCUUAUAUGAUUACACAGAUUAUUACACUAAUACUUUGUUGCUCUUCACAGAUUAUUCCAAUUUCCGAGACGCAAAUUACAAAUAUAACACAGGGCACAAAUCCGGUACCACUUUCAGAUUUGGCGAGAUCCCAAAGCCAAGGAUCUGCACGUUUUCAUGACUUAUUUAUUAAUCUUCUUGAUACCGAAAGUUCUGUUGGGUUGAGGCUCAGAAGGGGGGUGUCAAGACUUCCUAUAGAAAUUAAUGAAGAGAAUGGAUCUUUAAUGAGCAAUGUAACGAAGAUGGAGUUAAGUAAACUUGACGGUAUUGACAUAAAGAUUAACCCCAAGAAAAGUAGAGCUCUUUUGGAUAGUAUUGUUUUAAAUGACUCUGCACCUAUUUCAAUAAAAUGUGGAGUUUUGAAAUUGUUUCUUAGUCUUGCUCUUUCAUCUUCAAAAAAAAAGUUCAUAAAACAAUGGAAAGCUGACGAGCUCUCAGAAAAACUUAAAAUUUUGAGUAUAUUAGAAAAAGCUAGAAAAUUAAGGAGUUAUGAAUUCCUUGUAUUAUCUUUGGCUCUUUUGGAGUUGCUACUUUCUUUCAAUCCCAACCAGGUGGUUAGUUCUAUUAACCUUGGAAGAAAGCCACAAAGACUGUAUACUGACUCUCAGUGCAAUUCAAUAGUUACUUCUCUCGAGUUGCUUAGGGCGGAAGCAGAUACAUUUGAAAAUCUGGAUUUAAAUUCUCGGACAUAUCCAAUAAUCCAAGAUUUAUUUAAUAAGUGUUUUACGUUACUCAAAAAUAUUGAAAAUUAA